GUGGAAAGCUACUUCUGUGAUCUCCUCACCGAGGGGAAGGAUCCGGACGAAUUAUACGAGGAAGUGCAGUACACUUCGUUUUUCAUUCCCCGUUUGUACCUCAUGAUCAUGGUUGCGAGCUGCUGCAUCCGCAUGAAGAAGACUCCCGCCAAGAAGCUCAUCUACGACACGCUCGAAAUGUGCAAAGGCAUCCAACAUCCCAUGCGUGGAUUGUUCCUUCGCAACUUCUUCAUCCGCGAACUGAAGGACAAAUUCCCUUACCCUGGCUGUCGCUACGAAACUGAGAACGGAGGCGAUGUGAACGACAGUGUGGACUGCAUUAUUCGCAACUUUGUCGAAAUGAAUCGGCUCUGGAUUCGCAUGCAGGCCGGCGCGGCGCGCGACAAAGACAAGCGCGAAGCGUACCGCAAAGAGCUCUGCGUCCUUGUGGGCUCCAACUUCGUCUGUCUCUCCCAACUCGACGGCAUCGACGCCGACUACUACAAGACCCGAAUCCUGCCGGCGCUGCUGAACGAGAUCAUCAGCUGUGACGAUGUGUUGGCGCAGCAGUACCUCGUGGAGUCGCUGAUCAUGGUGUUCCCGGACGAUUUCCACUUCGCAGCGUUGGACGAGACGCUGCAGGGAUUGACGCAUCUCUCUGCGCAAGUGGAUCUUCGCGGCUUGAUCAAGAUGUUCAUGGAGCGGAUUAGCGAGGUGAGCGCUCAGAACGAAGCCUCUCUGCAGGAGAAACUGAUUCAUUUCUUCGAGAGCGCGAACGAGUCGCAAACGUCGCUUGCCGUGCUGUUCCCGAUCAUCCAAGAAACCCUUCCGCUCUUCCUCAAUCACGCCGAUGCGCUUUCCUACAUAAACCGAAUCCUCGAUCUCGCUCACAAGAUGCUGCAGAACAGCACCACCGUCCAGGAGCCGUCCGUGCUGGUUCCGCUGUUAACGACCCCCAUCGAAACGCUGGGCGUCGAUUUCAUCUUCGGAGGCGCGUUCGCGUCGCUGGUGGAGCAAUGCACAGACGAAGAACGCUGCCUUGUGGCGUGUGCUGUGGGCGAAUAUCUCCUCGCUCACAGCAUUCAACUCACUUCGAAAGAGAAUCUCGCGAUCAUCACGACGCUCUUCUCUUCGAUCUUCUCCCAGACCGAUCCCAACUGUUACUCCGUGUUAUCUCGCGUGCUGCACCUCGUGAAGCUCGAAGACGACAAGGCGCAGCAAGAAUAUCUCUCUCAGUGGGUUUCUAUCCUCGCUUCUCAUCCUGAUUCGCCGUCCAGCGGUCUUCCAUUGCUCACCAUUAUCUACCGAUUUAUGGAAUUCCUGAAAUCGGCCCCCGAGCGCGAAGCGAUCUAUUCGUUGAUCGAUUCUGCAUUAGCGGAGCUCCGAAAGAUCCACGAUCGCCAAGCCAUGGUGGCCACGAUGGAUCUCAUGCUCACUGCCGAUUCGCGAAGCGAUUCUUCGUUCGCUGAGCAAUUCCUGAAGGAAGGCAUCGAAGCCAUGACCAAGGUGGGAUCGGCUUCGCGCCUGGCCUGCCAUUCGGUAUUGGUGAAGUCGCUGCUGUGCGUGAAAUCGCUGCCGAACGAGCAGUUAGCCUCGCUGAGCCGCACUCUGGAAGAGAACGACGCGAAGCAGAGCAAGGACGUGGAGUUGUGCAACGAAGUUUUGGUGCAGUGCGCGCUGAUGCAUGUCGUGAAGACGAAGACGAAGACCGAGACCGAGACCGAGACCGAGACGAACGCGCUGGCGGAUGAGAAGCGCGCUGGCGAGCUGGUCGGGCUGUGCGAGAAGAUGAUCGACGAGUCCUCGCUGUCGUCGCGCGAGAAGAACGCGGCCAGAGCGGCGUUGCUGCGGAAUCUGAUUCUGGUGAACAAGGUGAGCCAAGCUGUGGUGCCUCUGAGUAAACUGGAGGAACUGUACGGCAAAUUGGCAAAGGCGGAGAAGGUGAGCCAUGCCACCAAGAAGCUGCUGGGCGAGUUGAAGCCGCUGAUUCGCGAGUAA